AUGCUUCGACUGAGAACUCCGUUUAACCGGGCUAUCCAACUAAGCGCCCAUAGCCGAGCCCUAUCGUGUUCCGCGCCCACCAAUCAGGCCAAAGUCAUGAUCCACAAGACCGAGGACGGAUCUCAUCUCUUCCAGCCUGUGGCUUCUAAGCCAUCAAUUAGUCCUACGCGACGUACUCAUACUUGGCUGGAAGCGUACAGAGCGCGAGAGGCGUCACGUGAUCCCAAGACAGGCAAGUCUACAACUUUGUCUUUUGAUUUCAACAAAUCUCAAAGCGAUCAGAAGGUGUCUGACAGGACUGUAGAUGACUCUUUUUCUUACGUGAUUUUGCCUUUCAAGGAUGACCCCUGGUUCCUCGAUGCCUACAUCAAUUCUUUUGGCAGACUGAGAUUCGGCCAGAUAUUCCAGGAUUUGGAUGCACUGGCAGGAGUCAUUGCCCAUAACCAUUGUAUGCCUGCCGAGCCCAUGAUCGUGACAGCGUCUGUUGACCGGGUGACGAUUCUCAAACGACUUGACCAAGUGGAUGAUAAGAACAUCACUCUCAGUGGUCAUGUGACUUGGACUGGCCGAUCUUCAAUGGAGAUUACUAUCAAGGCAGCCCAGACUUCCACACCUGCUUCUGAGCUUCACGAUCUGAAGGAGAACCAGAUCAAGGACAAGGAUGUGUUCCUUACAGCGGGAUUUACGUUCGUGGCUCGAGAUCCACUGACCCAGAAAUCGUUCGCCAUCAACCGGUUGGUUCCUCGAAACGCGAAGGAGCGGGCUGAUUUCGAAAGAGCCUCCAAGUUCAACGCACAUAAGAAGGAGCUUGCUAAGACUCAUGAUCUUGCUAUCGCACCCCCUACUGAAGAAGAGGCCAAAUUAAUUCACGAUAUGUGGAUCGAAACUCGAGAUAAGCCGACGCUCCCCGCACAUACCAAGCGAAUGGCUGACACAGUCAUUCACUCCACCCAGGUAAUGCAGCCCCAGUACCGAAACCGUCACUCGUACAUGAUUUUCGGUGGCUAUCUUCUCCGAACUACGUUCGAGCUUGCUUAUGCGUGCGCCGCCGCUUUCACCCACUCUUCACCUCGAUUCGUUUCUCUUGACUCAACUACAUUCCGAGCUCCUGUACCUGUCGGAUCCGUCUGCUAUCUUACUGCCACCGUUGUCGACACAAUUAAGAUCACUAAGGAUAACGAUACUGAGGUAUUCACCAACAACAGUAAGCCUGGUACUCUUGUUCAGGUGCGAGUUGACUCGACUGUGAAGGACUUGGACCAUGACACUACAACCAAUACUGGUCAAUUCACAUACUCCUAUUUCGUGGAGGAUACGUUUUUCGAUGUCGUCCCUGAGAGCUAUUCUGAGAUGAUGCAGUAUGUCGAGGGCCGAAGAACUUCACAGAGCACCAAGAAGUACCACGAAUUGAUGAAAAGCGAAAGAGCUUUUGAGUGA